CCGGCCUCCGGCUGGCCAGGCUUGAAAAGGGACGCAGCCAUGAAAAGACAAGAGGAUAAAAGGAUCACCUCGCUGUCGCUCUCACCAGCAGCAGCAGGCACCGCCUAGGCGCCUACCCUCCCUUGAGGCUUCAGGGUCAGGCUCAUCCUGUCCUGUUCCUGCAACUGUGCCCUUCUGAUCUUCUCUCCCAUCGCUUUCUUAUCCCGCCCCUUCCAAAGUCCAGAGACCUCUUUCCUCCAAGCAUCCCUUGCGGCUGCCAUCGCCACUUGCCGCCGCCCGUGCUCUUUCGACACAAGCUCUCCCCUUCGCUCUCGCUGUCGCAGCCGCAUCUUUCCAGCUUGUACUACCUGAUUGCUCGGUGUCGGUGGUGUCUCUCUUUCUCGCGAUCAAGUUCAUGUCGCUCGGCAAGAGGGACAUGAGCCAGGAGCAACUGUACCAAGAUCGCAAGGACGUGGUGCCCAUCCACUUCACCACGCCGCCGCCGCCGCCACAGCAGCAGCAGCAGUUGGAGUGCUUCUCGGAUGAGGUGGACAGCCGCGGGAGCGCCGAGCUGAAGGAGCCGGCGAGUAGUGGGGCACUGGUGGUGUCCGGUGGCGGCGACGGGGCGAGCAUCGAGGUGUCCAAGAAGCGGCGGGGCCGUCCCCCGGGAUCGAAGAACAAGCCCAAGCCGCCCGUGGUGAUCACGCGGGAGGCGGAGCCGGCCGCCGCGAUGCGCCCCCACGUGAUCGAGAUACCCUGCGGCUGCGACGUGGCCGACGCGCUCGCGCGCUUCGCGGCGAGGCGGAACCUCGGGAUCUGCGUGCUCGCGGGCACUGGCGCCGUCGCCAACGUCUCGCUCCGCCACCCGGCGCCCGGCGGGGUCGUCCCGGCCGGCGCCAUCGUGUUCCACGGGCAGUACGAGAUCCUCUCCAUCUCCGCCACGUUCCUGCCGCCCGCCAUGUCCGCCGUGGCGCCGCAAGCCGCCGCCGCCGCCGCGUGCCUCUCCAUCUCGCUGGCGGGGCCGCACGGCCAGAUCGUCGGCGGCGCCGUGGCGGGCCCGCUCUACGCCGCGACCACCGUCGUCGUCGUCGCCGCCGCCUUCAGCAACCCCACCUUCCACCGCCUCCCCGCGGACGACGACGCGUCGGUGUCCGUCUCCGUCUCGCUCUCCCCCUGCAGCGGCGACCCCGCGGACGAGCACCGCGGCAGCCACCAUCAUCAACAGCAGCACCCCGCGGAGCAGCCGGCGCCGCCGCCGCCGCCGCCGCCGCAGGAGCGUCGCCCUCAUGUCGUCCGACGCCAGCCCGCGCCGCACCUCGGCGCUGCCGCCUCGCAAGCGCAUGCGCAGCCGGUGGAUCCGUGCGGCCCUCCAGCCGUGCCCAUCUUCGCCUGCCACCCGCAGCCGCAGGACGCGAUGUGGCCACCGCCGGCCCGCGCGCCGCAUCACCCGCCGCCGCCGCCGUUCUGAUCGGCGCGCGCCCGGGUGAUCCAUCAAUCAUUGGUACGCGUCUAGCUAGCACCGCAUCCGCAUCAUGUAAGCAGGUUAAUGACGUGACAAUGCGCGGCCCAAGCGCUCCAUCUACAUUGACCGUAGCUCCACUCCACCUAGGGUUUAACUCUCUCUUUGCUCGUCUCGCCAUGACAAUCGACGAUCUGCAUUGCGAGAAGCUCGCACGCUACCGCUUUCGUUUCUCCCUCGGAUGCAAUUACUACCGUUUUUGUAAUAUUCAUAAAAUCUGACCAAACCUGGGAUUGGCGGAGUUGAAUUUAGAGUGCUGCUACUAUUUGAUGGUU